AUGGUGGCUCCAUUCACCGAGUUAUAUGUCACUAACACCAAAUCUGGAAUGAUGACCAGCGAUCUCGCUAUCGAGUGGCUGGAGAAAGUAUUCAUGCCUGUUGUACCAAAGGACAGUGUUCUUAUUCUUGACGGAUGGCCGGGAUGGAAGAGAAUGAUAGAGGAAAACACCGUAAACAGCAAGAACCUUGAGUUUGUCGUACUGCCCGAUGGAACAACAAGCAAGCUGCAACCAUUGGAUUUAUGCUUCAACAGGCAGCUUAAAAAUUUCAUUCGAAAGCUUGAGACACAGAUUCGAUACACCCACUCUAACAUAAUUAUUGCAAGAAGAGAACGGCAGCUGCAAAUCGUUCAGUAUAUACUGAAUCAAUUUAAAGCUCCGCGCUACAAGGGCCUGAUGGAGAGAGGGUUCUUUUUGAAUCAAAUACUUGACAAGAGGCCCGCGUAUUUUGAAACUCCUGAUCAGUAUUGCAUGAACGUGAAAGCAACUGGUGGAAAGUUAUGUGCUAAUUGCCGUCAAUUUUCAUACUGCAAGUGUUCCUAUCCCACAUGUGGAAUAUUAAUUUGCGCAUCGUGUGCAUUGGAACACUUGCAUCCUUGA